CAGACAGGCCCGGCGCCGCGCACAUCCUAUAUAUAGGUGGCUGCUGGCGCAACCUCGGCUGCACCUUCUUCCCGCGCCCGUCCCGUCUCUUUGAAGCGCUCAGCUUCCGCAGCAGCCAUGUACCGGUAUCUGGGCGAGCUGGUGUCCAGGAGCGGCGGGGUGCUGGCCUCAUGCGCCGCCGACACAGCCCUGCCGGCCGCCUCCACCCCGCUCCUGCGCUGCUACAGCCAGGCUGUGGACCAGGAGGACGACCCCAACUUCUUCAAGAUGGUGGAGGGAUUCUUCGACCGGGGCGCCAGCAUCGUGGAGGACAAGCUGGUGGAGGACCUGCGCACCCGGGAGACGGACGAGCAGAAGCGGAAGCGGGUGAAGGGGAUCCUGCGCAUCAUCAAGCCCUGCAACCACGUCCUAAGUGUCAGCUUCCCCAUCAAGCGGGAUAACGGCGACUGGGAGGUGAUCGAGGGCUACCGGGCCCAGCACAGCCAGCACCGCACGCCCUGCAAGGGAGGUAUUCGUUACAGUACAGAAGUCAGUGUUGAUGAAGUGAAAGCCUUGGCGUCUUUAAUGACCUACAAAUGUGCAGUAGUAGAUGUGCCCUUUGGUGGAGCCAAGGCUGGUGUGAAAAUCAACACUAGGAAUUAUUCAGAUGCAGAACUUGAAAAGAUAACCAGGAGGUUUACGAUAGAGCUUGCAAAGAAAGGUUUUAUUGGACCUGGUAUUGAUGUCCCUGCUCCUGAUAUGAGUACUGGGGAGAGGGAAAUGUCAUGGAUAGCAGAUACAUAUGCCAACACAAUUGGACAUACCGAUAUCAAUGCACAUGCAUGUGUUACUGGAAAGCCUAUUAGCCAAGGAGGCAUCCAUGGACGUGUCUCUGCUACUGGUCGUGGGGUCUUCCAUGGAAUUGAGAACUUCAUCAAUGAGGCUUCAUAUAUGAGCCAGCUGGGGAUGACGCCAGGGUUUGGUGAUAAAACAUUUGCCAUUCAGGGAUUUGGUAAUGUGGGUCUGCAUUCCAUGCGUUACCUUCAUCGUUUUGGUGCCAAGUGUGUUGGCAUUGGAGAAAUAGAUGGAACAAUUUGGAAUCCAGAAGGCAUUGAUCCUAAAGAGCUUGAAGACUAUAAACUUCAACAUGGGACAAUUGUUGGCUUCCCAAAAGCCCAGGCGUAUGAUGGGAACAUUCUUGAGGCGGAUUGUGACAUCCUUAUCCCAGCUGCCAGUGAGAAACAACUGACCAAGUCCAAUGCACACAGGAUAAAGGCAAAGAUUAUUGCAGAAGGUGCCAAUGGUCCUACAACUCCUGAAGCUGAUAAAAUCUUCCUUGAGAGAAAUAUCAUGGUCAUUCCUGACUUGUAUUUGAACGCUGGUGGUGUAACGGUGUCUUAUUUUGAGUGGCUGAAAAACCUAAAUCAUGUGAGCUAUGGCCGGUUAACCUUCAAAUAUGAACGGGACUCAAACUACCACUUACUCAUGUCUGUCCAGGAGAGUUUGGAGAGAAAGUUCGGUAAACAUGGUGGGGCUAUCCCAGUGGUGCCAACUGCAGAGUUCCAGGCCAGAAUAUCUGGUGCUUCUGAAAAAGAUAUUGUCCAUUCUGGUUUGGCAUACACCAUGGAACGCUCUGCAAGGCAAAUCAUGCGCACUGCAAUGAAGUACAACCUGGGCUUGGACCUCAGAACUGCUGCCUACGUGAAUGCCAUUGAGAAAGUAUUCAAAGUGUACAAUGAGGCUGGCCUGACCUUCACUUAAAUGAGUUAACCUGCAGGGUGGUCAUCUGAUCAUCGUUCACCAGAGAAAUAUCAUAUACGUUUACAUAUAACCAAGACUUCUUCAAUUGUUUUCCUCCUCAUGGCUCAUAGAGGACCCUACUUCUGAAUGCUUCCGUCCGUUUUCUUUGUUUUAUAAGAAUUACACCACUGGUGUAUACAGAAAUCUUAAACACGUAGGAAAGUCAUGUGAAGACUACGUUUAGUGGCCUUGCAAAGAGCUUGUUGGCUCACAGUUGGACAGUUGAUAUGCUCUUGGCAUGGUUAGGCUUGCCCUAGGGCUGAUCUGCAACCUGAGCAUGAUCAGGAAAAUGGGAGUAUAUCAAAUCAUGAUUAGUAGCUUUUUGAACCUGCUAUCUCCCCCAGCAGUUUCAGUAAAAUUUGUAUUUUAUCAGGCCAACUCCUUCUUUUUUUUUUUUUUUUUUUCUCCUCCUGUGCCAUAUCGAACUGCAAAUUAUGUUUUGAAUGAUCAUUUAGAUGAAAACCUUCCAUAAAUACACAUUAGAAAAUUGGGACAGGCCAUGUGUGGAGUGUUUCAGGGGAGUCUUUCAAUGACUUGAUUGCACAUUAACAGCUGCUGGCCUCUUAUUCUUUUUAACCUAUUGCUGCUGUAAUAGAUUUUUUUUUUUCCUCUCGUUGUUUCAGACUUAAUGAUUAGUCCGUUCUGAAAUAGUAGUCCCUGUCACACUAAAACACAACAGGUGUUUGUAUUUUGUUUUUAACCCUGUACUGAAUUCUAGGUAUUAUGUCUUUGUGGGCUAUUGAUGCAUCUGCCUCCUGCAGCAAAUUUAUUCUGAGGAUAACUGUAUAGCAGUUUGAAGCUCUUAGUUUGUUACCACCCUUUUUUUUUUUUUUUUUUUUUUUGUAUAUAAAGUAUUUAGUCUGGUCGCACUGAGAAUCUUAUUUUACAUUUGUAGCCAGCUAUAGCCUUUACUUCUCUAAGCGACCAAAUCACUCGCUUAAAAAAAAAAAAAAUAAGAGUACUUCUCAAUCCUUUUUUUUUUUUUUUUUUUUUUUUUUUUUUUUUUAUAGCUCUGGGGCCUUUCAUUUAUCUGAAUGAUUUUACAAUGUACUGCCACUAUAGUUCCAAAGAUGCUUGUCACAGACUUUAGACUUUUGUAUUAGCAUGACAGAUGAACAAAUACUAUAUAUUAAAAGUCCUCCUUUACAGAAA